GGAAGACUUUUGCAUUGACUCUGACCUUACCGGCUGAAUUUAUCACGCUCGGGGAAUACACGAUUGGCAGUCACUCUCAUCACUUCUUGUCGGUGUUAUCCGUCACGUCGCGGUCACCCUCAAGUCCUCAUCCUCGUUCGUUGUCGUCGCCUCCACUCCGCAAGCACUCUACGCGCUCCGCAUUCCUAUUGUUGUGUGGCCUGUCCCCCCGAGGGAAUUUGACCGAAAGUACUUUCAACCCCCCUGCCCUCUUCCCCUUCCUCCCCUUCUGCUAGCCCGCUUCUGCAUCUCCUCCUCUCCCCGCUCGUGCGGAUAGGGAUUUCUGCUUUACUGUCCCUCUUCAUUUAUCACUUCUGCCCCCUUUUCUCAUACUGUGCGGAUGACCUCUUCAUCCUCUCGGAUUCCACCUUUCGCUGCGGGUGGUUCAUCAUCUCUAACAACUACUUCUAUUUACCAGCAGCCUUCGGCCGUUGGAUCCUUUGCGGCCACUAACGGGUCAACAUCCGUUGCCUCAACCCCUCAAGGAACCCCACCCCCGCUGAUGGCCCCUAUGGAUUCCGCAGAUUCGAAACCAACAAUCUUCACUGCCACCUAUUCUGGUGUGUCGGUGUUUGAGAUGCCCGUCAACAACGUUGCGGUGAUGCGAAGACGCCAUGACUCAUGGCUGAACGCGACACAGAUUCUUAAGGUUGCCGGGGUUGAGAAGGGGAAACGGACAAAAGUUCUUGAAAAAGAGAUCCUUACGGGGCCCCAUGAGAAGGUUCAGGGCGGUUAUGGCAAGUAUCAAGGAACAUGGAUUGAUUUUGAACGAGGCCGAGAGUUUUGCCGUGCAUAUGGUGUGGAAGAUCUACUCGCUCCUUUGCUAGAUCUCGAUGUACAAGCGGCUAGUGGUCCAGAUUCAACGCCUACAAAGGAACAAGCCAUGGCUGCCCGGAGGAAACGCAUGUAUAACUCCAGCCUGAACCAGGCAAAUGGUAAUAGUGGGCCAUUAUUCCCGCCUAUAUCUGCUACAGUUACAAAUGCCUUUAAUGCGCUCAGUAAAUCAAGUGCUCGCAUGGAUUCGCCGGGACCCAGAGGCGGAUACUCUCAGCCUGCACCCCCCUCAUCACAGAUUACUACCCGUCCGCAAGAGUCAUUCAGUCAAGAAUCGUGGACAAUCAAUCUUCCCUCAGAAACUAGCUUUUCUCAAUCACAAACCCAACCCGAUUCAGCAUAUGCAUCUCAGUCUUUCACUACCGUCGACUCACAAAUCGAAUCUCAGGAGCCCCCACGAAAACGGGUACGUGCUUCUACACCACCUCAUGAGGCACUAGCACCUUUCUUUCCAACACACCUUGAUACUCCGUCCAAGCCAGUGCAGCCGUUGGCUGCUGAGCAGGUUCCGGAUUCUGAACGCGCCCGGCAGAUAUUGAUGAAUCUUUUUAUAAAUCCUGAAACCGAUAAUACAGUAUUGUCCCACCUCGAUUCUCUAACUCCAGAUCAGAUUGAUAUUCCUCUGGAUUCGACAGGCAGCGCGGCUAUACAUUGGUCUGCAUCUUUGGCUCGUGUCCCUUUGAUUCGUGCCUUGAUCACCAAGGGAGCUUCAAUUUCCCGUGUGAAUCACGCCGGCGAGACUGCAUUGGUUCGAGGAUGUUUUGUAACAAAUAACUUUGAUCAGUCUUCUUUUCCCCAACUUCUCAAUCUACUUCAUCCUACCAUCCCAAUUGCUGAUAACAAUGGUCGAACUAUCCUACACCAUAUCGCUGUCAAAUCGGGAAUGAAGGGAAGAAGUGCUGAUAGUCGGUAUUACCUGCAUUGUUUGUUGGAGUUUGUUGCAAAGCAUGGGGCUUCAGCUACGAGCCAGCGUACCAGUGGUCCGAAGGUUAUGAGCCUUGCGAGAUUUAUUGGGGAAAUUGUCAAUGCACAGGACAAAAGUGGAGACACCGCCUUGAACAUUGCUGCGAGAAUUGGCAAUAAGAGCAUAAUUCAGCAAUUGUUGGAAGUGGGUGCCGAUUCAAGUAUACCGAAUCGUGCAGGGUUGCGCCCGAUAGAUUUUGGAGUUGGUGGAGAGCCCGCACCGGUUCCAAGCCGAAGAGAGCAAGGUUGGAUUUUACCCCCAGCAGUUGUACAAAAACGGCAGGACAUCAUGAAAGCUAUCAAGGGCCUUAUUGCCGGGACAGAGAAAGACUUUCAGGGGGAGAUUGAAGCCAAGCAAGAACAGGUUACUGGUACUCUCAACAGGCUACGGGAGGUUACCUUAAAGCUUGGGAAAGAGAAAGAGAAGAUGAACCAACUACGGCAACGGAGUCGACAACAUUCUGAACUCAAGCAACAUUGCCAGAAUCUUCGUCGAGCGAUUGAGGAAGAGAAUGUUAGGCUUCAGGGGAAGGGGGGCAAUACCAAUGGUGACGUUCCCAGUUUGAAGGGGGAGCGCUUGGAUCCGGAUCGACCUUUCAAGAUCAAAAUGGAGCUAUUAGCGCAGUCUGGUGAUUCCAGAGAGAUUGGAGAGCGCCAAAAGCAGUAUCUCAAGUCCUUACCAUCAACCGCGGUACUGAAAGCUCGGGUCAGAGCCUACACUACAAACGGAGAAAAUCUACGCGAGGUUGCAGGUAAACUCCACGACAAGAGCACAGAUCUGGAGGAUAAAUUCAGGAGAGUUGUUGCUCUCUGUACCGGACUGGAAGAGUACAAGAUUGAUUCCUUAUUAGAGGGACUGGUUCAGGCUGUCGAAAGCGACCCUGGAGAAGUUGAUACGGCUCGGGUUAGCAGCUUUCUGAGGAAGGUCGACGAAAGUACAGGGGCUGAUUGA